UUUAUUUAUUUAUUUAUUUAUUUAUUUAUUUAUUUCUGCCCCUGAACCCGAGUGGUUAGAGGUGUGAGGGUUGAGCAGGUUUGAGCUCCGUCUCUGACGUCACUGAAGGACACUGAAGGAGGAUUUAGUGCGAGUGCUGCGUUGGUUUGCGUGACGCUGGAACUCGCCGACUCUCUGAAGCGUUUCUGCGUCCCGUCCCACAGAUUUUACAGGAAGUUGCUGGUGAACAUGUACUCGUCAGGACCGAAGUCUUUAUCCCUUGUGAACCUGUUCCACUCGCCGCUAAGCUCCUUACCGCAGCAGCAGCAGGGAGAUGAACAGAGACGCCGGGUUUUGACCGCCGCUUCCUAUCGUGAAGAGUCUGAUGUGAGCUGUGAGUACGGCUCUAAUAAAUACUACGCCCUGUGCGGGUUCGGAGGCGUCCUGAGCUGCGGUCUCACACACACCGCCGUCGUGCCUCUGGACCUAAUCAAAUGUCGCAUCCAGGUAAACCCAGGUAAAUACAAGUCCAUCUUUAACGGCUUCUCCGUGACCGUGAGGGAGGACGGGCUCCGGGGUCUGGGCCGAGGCUGGGCGCCGACGUUUAUCGGCUACUCCAUGCAGGGUCUCUGUAAGUUUGGCUUCUACGAGCUCUUCAAAGCGCUCUAUAAUGACAGGCUAGGAGAGGAGAACGCUUAUCUCUGGAGAACAUCUGUGUACUUGGCUGCUUCUGCCAGCGCCGAGUUCUUCGCUGAUGUUGCUCUGGCCCCCAUGGAGGCGUGUAAAGUGCGCAUCCAGACUCAGCCAGGCUACGCUAGAACUCUGAGGGAGUGCGUCCCUAAAAUGUAUGCAGAGGAGGGGCUGUGGGCGUUUUACAAAGGUGUGUAUCCUCUGUGGCUGCGUCAGAUCCCCUACACCAUGAUGAAGUUUGCGUGUUUCGAGCGCACCGUGGAGAUGCUGUACAAGUAUGUGGUGCCCAAACCUCGCAGUGCCUGCUCCAAACCCGAGCAGCUCGUCGUAACCUUCAUCGCUGGUUAUAUCGCUGGUGUGUUCUGUGCUGUGGUUUCGCAUCCGGCCGACUCGGUGGUGUCUGUGCUGAACAAGGAGAAAGGAAGCUCAGCCGUACAGGUGCUAAAGAGGCUGGGACCUGAGGGUGUGUGGAAAGGGCUGUUUGCUCGCAUCAUCAUGAUCGGCACGCUGACUGCACUGCAGUGGUUCAUUUACGAUUCGGUGAAGGUUUAUUUCCGCAUGCCGCGCCCACCUCCCCCAGAGAUGCCCGAGUCUCUGAAGAGGAAGAUGAGUUUGGUGGGGCAAUAGAGAAAACACACACACACACACACACACACACACACACUCACUACUGAAACAUUGCAUGUGAUUUCCCCAGUGCAUGAGAGUGACAUGAAUUCUGGAGUAAAGUUUAUAAUAUUAAAAGCUCAAAGUGAUCAUAA